CCCUCUUCCCCCCUCGUCCAGCACACAGACUCUCUCCUUCUCUCUCUCUCCUCCCCCGUCCUUUCUCUCUCGUCUGAUCUGCAUCUGCUUUUUCUUCCCCCCUUGUCUCUGUCCCUUCUGGCGUGCGCAAAGAUUUGAUUUUUCUCGAGGAGGCGGAGUCUGGAGAGGAGCGGCGGUGGAAGGCAGCCAGGCAAGAGAUCUUGAUCUGUUCUUGGAGGGGAGAGAGGAGGAGGAGGAAGAUGGCGGCACAGGAGCAGGAGCAGGAGAAGCAGCAGGCGAAGACGAGCACCACGAGCUCGCUCCCAUCCAGCUCCGAGCGCUCCUCCAGCUCCGCCCCCAACAAUCUCAGGGAAGGAGGAGUGGAGAGCGACGAGGAGAUACGGCGGGUGCCGGAGAUGGGCGGCGCGUCGGCGUCGGCCUCGUCGGGGGCGGGCGCGGACGAGCGCCCCAAGGAGGACGGCAAGCAGGGGCAGCUGGUGGUGGCCGCGGGGGCGCAGGGGCAGCCGCUGGCGGCGGGGAAGAAGCGCGGGCGCACCGCGGGGGACAAGGAGCAGAACCGGUUGAAGCGCCUGCUGCGGAACCGCGUCUCGGCGCAGCAGGCGCGGGAGCGGAAGAAGGCGUACCUGACGGAGCUGGAGGCGAAGGCCAAGGACCUCGAGCUCCGCAAUGCCGAGCUCGAGCAGCGGGUCUCCACGCUCCAGAACGAGAACAACACGCUCCGCCAGAUUCUGAAGAACACGACGGCGCACGCGAGCAAGAGGAGCAGCGGCGGCGGUGCCGGCGGCAAGGGCGGGGACGGCGGCAAGAAGCACCACUUCACCAAGAGCUGAUGACCCCGGUUCGUGCUAGGAGCUGUGAGAAACUGCUCGCCUGAUCUGACCACUGUUAUGCUAGGACAUUUGCUGGCUUUGCUGCUGUUGCUGAAUGCUGAUGACGUUUCUUUUCCCUUUUCAUCCUCUCUUUUCUCGUCUGCUUCACUGAUGUGUACUCCUAUUUUUACCUGCCCGUCCCAUCUGCCCGUUGUAGAACUACCCGUAGCAGUUUCCGUUUCUUGGUAGGGUGUCAGAACGCCGUGUAAUUCUUCUUCUUGUACUGUCGUGUAAUCCAGCCCUGCAGUUUGGCAGAAUGGCAGUUCAAUCCAAGACUUUUACCGUGCCGGAGUUGAUGGUGUCACUUUUUUGGAGAGAGGGAAAAACAAAAGGAGAUCACCGAAAGAGCGUCACCGUGCACAGAAAAAACGUGAUGACAAUAACACACGCCAAGUAGCAAAAGCUGAGGAUUGGAUACGGGAGUAUGGAACCAAGUGUGGCCUUUCAGGAUUUGGUGCUAGAAUCUUCUGAACAAGUGGAAUCCAGGAUGCUCUUCUUCACAAGCUGGUGCCAACGGUAACGCAAUUGGGCGUGAGUUUGGUUUGGCUAGUCCUCCCUUCUCUUUGGUUGUUGAUUAAGCUUCGGCUGAUCACCUUAUGAGUUGUGAUGGCCUCAACAUAAAGUUGUGAUCUCAAUACGGCCACGGCAACGUGUGAAUGUGAGAAGCGUCUUUGAGCAA